AUGGCAGGUGUCACUUACAUCAAAUUCAGCAAGACAUCUGAGGCAGCUUUGGCCAUGGAGGAAAUGAACGGCAGGUGCAUCGGUAAUCACCCACGGCCACUUAAGGUCCUCAUCGCACACAGCCGAGAGCAGGGGUCGCGGCGCGAGCAGAACGAGGAGGAGCGUCUGCUGCGGCUGUUCGUCGUCGUGCCGCGCGCCAUGACAGAGGCGGAGCUCAGGGAACACUUCCAGACGUUCGGCGACAUCGACUACGUGUCCAUCGUCAAGGACCGCACCACAAAGGAGAGCAAGGGCUUCGGCUACGUCAAAUAUCACAGGAUGUCGCACGCGGCCAAGGCGUACGAGAACUGCGACCGCUCGUUCAAGCCCAUGUUUGCCGACCCAAAACCGCAGAAGGACAUGCGGAACGACGGCAUGAUGCUCUCGGGCCCGGGCAGCUCCGUGUCGUCCUCCGGCUUCGACAUGAUGGCCUACACGCCGCCGUCCGGCAAGAUGGCGCCGCUGCCGCCAAUGGAGGCCACGCCGCCGGCCGAGGCGUGCACGCGGCUAGGCGUGGUAGCCUCACCCACACUCAACCAGGACCAGCUCUGGAAACUGUUCGACCUGGUGCCCGGCCUGGACUUUAUCGACCUGCGGCGCGACAGGAAGUCGGGGCAGGGCUUCGCGUCCGUGCAGUUCAGCAGCAUCCAGUCGGCAGCGUACGCCAAGGAGAAGCUACACGGCUUCGAGUACCCGCCCGGUCACCGGCUGAUCGUCAAGUUCGACCCCGGCCACGACAUAAUGAUGGGCCAGCACUCGAUGAUGCCGCCGCCGCCGAUGAUGCCGCGCAUGCCGAUGAUGCCGCCGCCGCAGCAUGGCGCGGCGCGGCCGUCUGGCAACCUGCAGACGGACCUGGCGCACCUGGCCGAGACGAUCGCGCAGGCUACCUCGCUCAUCCAGGCCGCCGGCAUCAACCCGCACGGCGCCGGCGCCGACGCGAACGCCGGCUCGCCCAUGUCCGGCGCGUCGGCCCUGCCGCCCGGCCCGACCGGCAUGGUGAUGUUCGAGCACUACGACCCGACCUACUGCUCGGCCAAGCUGCCGGCGGCGCAGCCGCUCGCAGCGCUCGACUCCACCGUGGCAGAGAGGCUAUUCAUCGUCUGUAAUCCGGCGCCGCCGCCGCCGUACGCGCUGAAGGAUGUGUUCGCCCGCUUCGGCAACGUCAUCGACAUCUACAAUCCUGAACGGCAAGACGUGCGGCUACGCCAAUACGCGUGCAAGGAGUCGGCCGACAAGGCGAUCCAGUCCGGUGGAAAGCUCGCUCUCCUUGCUGCAUGGCCGUGA